AAACAAUCCAAUUUCGCCUAAACAAAAUCUACCAGUGUGACUCCUUUUGCUUGUCCGAUUUCAGAUGUUACUGUCAAGAUUGUUGCUCAAGAAGAGUAUGUUACUGUAUCUGGGCAAUCCGCGUGGAAAGUUACCUACUUUGUGUCGAAGAGUACAAGCUUUGUAUUCAGCUAUGAGUCAAUUUUACCUGCUUUUAACAUGAGACCACUGGACGUCAACCGCGUCGACUUGUCCUUCGUCAACGUCUUUGACGCUCACUACCACCUUUCCAGCGUCUCUGCUGACGUCAUGACCAGUACCAGUUAUGCGUUUUCGUUUUACUCUAACAAUGUAAUCUCUGAAAUCAACACUGGGAAUUUUACAACAGCCAUUAGAGAGGUUGUUUGUCGUCAAGUGACAGUUAUACCUAAGUGUGAGGAUAUUACGCCGGUCAUCAUCCGCCAAGAAGGUCAAUUUCUUAAUAAAAGGUGGGAAACGCGAGUGGAUUAUUACUUACGGUACAAAGGGAAAAUUGUCAAUUCCGCAUCUUGGCCAAAGUUGAAUACAACAUCAUUACAAGAAUACGUCCGGGAUGAACUGAAUCUCACAACUGAAUCCGGGCUGCGUUACGUAAUAACCCCGUCAUUACCAGCGGGGAGUUUGGACUAUCGAUACCACUUUAGCCUCUUCAUGAAAACCAAGGUGGCCUAUGCUGAUUUCACAAAAUUUGCAUCUUCUAUAAAGGAAACGUGGCUUUCCGCACAUUCCGAAUACAGAGGUUGUGGAUGUAUCAAAGUGAGUGUGAGUAAUACCGAAGAGCUGUUGUCUGAAGGAGGGGAGCGAUACUGGAAGCUGGUUUACUACAUGAAUGUUAACGGCACAGUCGUUUCCCCCGGAGACACACAGCCGUUAAACGUGAGCCUGUUAAACCAACACGUAACGUUCACAGGCCCUCAAGGAGCAUAUGUCAUCGUGCCAGAAAAUUUCUACAGCUUCCGGGCCUAUGAUUUUCGGUAUUCCAACGCCCUCUAUCUGCAUACUUGGGUAUCAAAGGAAGACUACCAUCGCUUCGAGAAAACUCUGACGGAGUAUUACUUAACCCGUUUGUCAGGCAGCCACACGGAGGAGGAUAUCCAUGUGACGGUAAAUGGUAUCCGCCAAACUACAACACCGGAUGGUCGGCUGGUGUGGAAGUUGGUAUACUUCGUGAACGUGAAGAACAAACUGGUAUACACUGAGUACAUUCCGUCCGUCAGCUAUUCGUCCCUGUCGUCCAGGAUCAGUUUUAAAACCCCGACUGGUCUAUCGUAUAAGCUAUUUUCCGGCAAUGUGAAACACCUCUGGCCGGCCACAUCGUUCUUCCGCUUCUACUUGAACCAUCCAAUCGCUCCAGACAUAUGGGGAAGACUCCGUCAUUCCAUCUUACAGGCAUACUACACCCAGUAUCCAGAUUUCCGUGAUUGUGACUGUGUCCAGGUGGAGUUCCCCAAACACCAAGAUGAGCUCAUUACAGAGACUGGGGAGUCGGUAUGGCGAGUGGGUUACAGAAUCAAACUCAAUGGGGUUCUUGUGGAUGCGGAAACAACUCCACUGACGGCCAUCCAUUAUCUGCAAGACAAGCUUACGUUUUCCGGUCCGAAUGGCAUCAAGUACAAGGUUACGGCUAACGUGAAGAAGUCGAUGAUGGCCCAAAGUGCUUUCUCUGUUUUUCUAAACCAUUACGUCUCUCAGGAGUCUUUGGAAGCCGUGGGAAUGUCCAUCAAGAAAACAUGGGCUACCGUCAAUGGAGGAUUGGACAUAGACAAGCUGAAGGUGACAUUUAUUCGCCAGAAGGAGUAUACGGAUACUGAAGGGAAUCCCCGUUGGAAGUUCGAAUACAGCCUGAACUACAACAACACAGUUAUUCAUUCUGGAGAUUGGCAGAAAAUAAACGUGACAGUUUUACACGAGAAUCUUGUCGGUGUGAAGACACCAAAUGGAGAGGGCUUCAGUGCCGUCAGUCAGGACGUAUCGGUCAUUGAGUACAGACAACAAUUUACAUUGUUUGCUACUACAAAAGUAGCCACUGAGAGCUUCGCAGAAUUGGAGUCUCAACUAAUAGAAGCUUGGGAAGAGAAAAACGAGGCUUGGAAAGCGUGUUCGUGUGUGGAAAUAGCCAACAUCCGCCAAGAGGAGGUUCUAGAUAACAGAGGGUAAGCUGUCU